CCUAGAAUGAGAUAUUAGUCAACGCAAUUCUCCACACUCCGUUUUAGUAAAGGGAGAGAAAAUCAAGAGUCGGAACGACAGUACCGUCUAUGUUGCUAAGAUUCAAAUUUAGUGACUACUGUAUAAGAACAAAGAAGUGAAAAACGAAUAAUAUUAAAUUUGAGGUCCUUUGCCUCAAAAUGAACUGGCGUCGAUGCCUUAUCCAUUAAGCUCUACAAGUAUUGCAUCCCAAACAUGAUUGUGGACAAGCAGCAAACAAAUAUUGUGCUUGGUGCUUUUGCUAUAGUUGUAUUUCAGUCAAUAUGGUUUGUAAUGACAGGUCAUUGUACGUAAAUUUUGACAAAUCCAACUCGUCUCAGCUUUCUUCCUGCUCAAUAUUGGGCUAGCUUUCGCGGUCUAUUUAAAAAGCAUAUUGCAUGCAUUGUUUCGCUUAGUUUAAUGAUGGAUACAGCUUUUUGAACGUUUUAUACCAUACAUUUAACAAACAAAUGAAAUUCAAAUGGAUUUAUGGAAAAGCAUUGAGAAAAAUCUGUCUUGGUUUGAGUUGUCUUUGGAGGUGCGUAUACAGUUGAACGAUGAUCCAAAGAAGUACGAAGAACAAAUUUUGCUACAUAGUUUUCGAAACCAGUUACGCUACACCGGAAAUAUAGUACAAUCGGUCAUAAAACGUGAAAAGAAAUACUACGAGAAACUUGUUGAUUAUGGAAGACAACACUAUCUCUUAUAUCCUUACCACUUACAAGACAAAAUAGUUCGUGGUUUGCAAAUUACUCAGUUUGUCUACUACCGUCGCAUGUUAAUUGAUCUGAUUUCGACUGAAAAGUCAUAUGACUGUCUUCCAAAUUUUACUGCUGCAGAUUGCUUACGUUUGUUGGGAAUUGGCAGAAAUCAGUAUAUUGAACUUGUUAACACUUACAAGAGUUUCCUGUCGUCAAUAGGUCCUGACGAAAAUGAAAUUCAGGGACUUCUUUGUGACAUUCUCCCAUCACAACCAAUCGAUAAAGUCAUACUUGAGCCCUGGUAUGUAGUUCGUAUUGGAUCGGUCAUGUUAUCUGACAUACAAACAUCUACGGAUUCCGAGCGCAUAAUGAUCGACCAGCUUAUAGAUGCUGAAAAGGCAGAUGACCUGGAAGAAACCAACCAAGUCAGUCCCGGAAUCCUGGUCAAAGAUCUUGAUCAAGAUAUCGUCAGAGGACUUUACCUCCGCGGUUUGGUUUACAUUGAUAUUCCAGUGUCUUGCGACGAUAAAAUAUGUGUUCCUACACUCGAGGGCUUCGUAAUGAAUCGUAUCAGUGGAGAUAUUAGAGAAAAUCUUUUAUACAAAAUUUUUGUCACUGCUGAUGAGAACACAUCAGUUAGUGAACUAGCCGAGUGUCUACAGGUAGAUGUGAACUCAGUAAAACAAGCUACUUCCAUAUUUUGUCGGUUGGGGUUCGCUCAAAAACGGAUCGGACGUCCGGAGAGUCGAACAAAACCUUUUCAAAUUCCAAUAUCUAAUGAUGAGUCUGAUACGCUGCUACACACGGAAAACUCAGCUGUCGAAGCAAACUUAGAUUCUUUUCCAUCUGUAGAUGACCACUGUCAGCAGAAAAAAAAGUUGGUAUUGAUAUUUGAUUCAACUAUCACGGCUUAUCUCAUGAUGGGCAAUUUAUCACCCAACUUAAAACCUCAUGCAGUUACAAUGUUUGAAGUCGGUAAAUUGUCAGAUGAUUCAUUGAAUUCUUUCGUAUUUGAAUUAAAUCAUCUUGCUCCUGUUUCAGAAGGUGAAGUCGGGGUUUAUCGCGAGUAUGCUCUGAAUUUAAGAAAAACAAUCCACUUUUUGCGUAGUCAGGCUUCAUUAGACUCAACGGACUUCUGUGAUGUUGAUUUAAUUAGAGGUGGUUCGUUGUUAAGUUUAGAGGCUGAAACACGCAUACGAGUUUUGCGCAAAAAUUAUAAUGUAGUUGUGAGCCUUAUCCCCUCAACAUAUGAAGACCAGCAAGCUUCUGAUUCCCAAUGGCCACCACAUUUAGGACCACCUAUAUCAGAAGCUAAUUCUCCUUGGUUCGGCUUUUUUAUUUCUUGUGUCGCAAGCAAUACAAUUCAACGAAAACAGAAUCACAGUAUCGAUGUUUUGCCUACUCUUUUGACAACAUGUGGUACUAGGAUAUCUAGGCUUCCAUCACCUUUACGAGGAAUUUCACGCUUCUGGCUUACUGCAUGGGGUCAUGACGCUGUGGUGGUAGAUUCAACUAAUUUUUUAACCACAGCAAACGAUAUGCUUCUAUCAUCGCCUGUACUUAUCCAAGUUUACCCAUCUUUAACAUGGAAUUAAAUCACGCCGUUUGUGCUCAAAUAUCUAGUCAGAAUUUAUUAUCCACUAAUAACCGCAAUCAUCUUGAAGCUACUAAUCAUCUACUUGUUGAAGAAUUUACCAAAUUUAUUUUUAAUGACUGUUCAGGUUUGUUGCCCAACAAAAACCAAUAUAGUUAUUCAACUUUUGUUACCAGUUCUGGUGGUAAUUUUCCUGAUACCUGGCCCCUGCCUACAAAAAAUAUGAUGUGCGCCAAUGGUGUUUUGUCAUUUAUUUAGGCUUUCUCACCACACCUAAUAAUAGUUAAUCUGAAAUUAUUUUUGGUUGUAACGCGUACAUAUCUAUUUUAGUCAAAUGAUUUAAUCGUUUGAUAAACACUCAUUUUAAUUUUUUUUGAGUUAUUUGUUAUUUACGUAUCACCUAGGUUUUGUCCUUUUUUAUUUUUGAUUUCUAUCCAUUCUUUCGUAUUUUUAUAUCCAACCCUAAAAAUAUUUUGUUAUACAUGUGACAGCAGAAAAUAUCGUUCUAUUUAUUCUGUAAUUGAUUCUUGACAAAGUCAUGUCCAUAUAUCAGUGACUGCUUAUUGGAUAUAUCAGUCAUCAAUGUAAACUUGGUAAUUAGAUUACAGGUAGUUUCGAACGAAUUAUAACUUAUAAAUAACUCUGCAAAAGGUUUUUUAUCUACGUAAAGACAACUAACUGGACAAUGUUGGGAAGAUUUUUAAUCAAUAAUAUUUUCCAGGCCUCUCACAAUCAGUAGGCUCAAGUACUAUUUUUUCUAAUCAAUUUCUAAGUCGUACCAAAGUUUCGUGAUUUUCGUCCCAACUAAAUUCACAUCAAGAAUAUAAUCUUGUCAUCUCACUGGAGUUAUAGUAUCAUAAUUGUUGCUCAUCCAAAAAUGUUAAAAUAACCCAUUGUCAUCGAAUAAAGAGAAUUUAACAGAACAUUUUUCAGACGAUAUCGUCUACUAAUGCUGCACAAUCGUGUUCUUGUUCGUGCAAUCACAUUAGAAAUUUGUCCAAAACUUCAAAUGUAAGGAUACUUUCGUAUAAUACUCUAGAGGUUUGAGAAGAAUGAGAGGCUAAAAACUAUCUAUCUAAAAUAUGAGCAAUAAUUGUCCACUUGACAGAUAUGAAGAAAUAAAAUGCUUUUAGGACAUUGUCAAAACGGUCGGUUUUCUUCGUCUUUACGAAUGGGAUAUGAAUUUACCAUAUACGAAUAUCUACCCUAAAUCCCCUCUCAGUGUCUAUUCUACAGGACUUCAACACAGCUCAGUUCAAGAACACGUGAUUAGCCUGACUAGAACGUAAAUAUAUUUCCGCACCAGAAACAGGCCCAAAUCAACAGUCAAUAAUAAGGAGAGGAUAAUAUAUAUAACUCAUCUAAUACUUGUCAGACUAUCUACAAGUCUGACUAAGCAUACAACCAAUCAUUAUCAUUCUCUCCCACAUAUCAGACAUCAUAACAAUUGAUUAAUAAUUAUGUUUAUUUAUUUAUAUGAACACAAAUAUUGGUACGAAGGGACACCGAAUACUUGUACGCCACACAAGUCACUUGAUUUGUGUGUGGGCUGUGAUACUGCCCUUGUGCUCAGACCGUAAUAGGUUUUCUUGAGAGGUCACACACGGAGUCUUCGACCUAAAGGUCUGAUCCACGAGGCAGUGGAACAACGUCAAGAGAUGCAGUUCCAUGGUAGCCGGUGACUAACGAUUGGUUCGCACGCCAUUUUCUCCUUCAGGAUCCCGGUGCCCAUGUGCACCAUUGGUUUAGGAUCAGAGUUUUUUAACUCUCCUAAAUGGACCCUCCGUAUCUGUUAUAUCCCGUUGAGAUUUAUGAUUGGUAACUUUGAGAACUAUUUAUGGACAGAUAUAAUAUGUAUAUUUCCUAUUGUAUAAUUGUUAAGUAACU